GUUGUGUUUCUCGGGUAUGGGUUGCACUUAAGACUCAUGGGUGGUUUUUUAUAGUUUUUGAGAAGCAAUUAGAGCCAUUCGAUCUGCAAGGGAUGGGUAUCGCUUACCAGGUAACUAUGGGCAAGCUGUAGGCGAUCAGCGCUAGCACUAUAGAGAGAGGAGCCAGCGCUCCGUUUAGUACAAAACCUGAAUUCCUUUUAGGGCCAACCCUCAGAGAAUCGAGUGAGAGGUUGAAGAAGUAAGCUUAGCUGAUCGGAUGAACCUUUGAAGUAGUAACUGAAGGAAGGAUUCAAUCCCUCGUCUGUGAGUAGCAGUGACUUCAAGACAUCGUCCCUCUCUCGAAGGGGAAAAUCUAGAGCCGAUUCUUUAGGCUUAUCUCCAAUACAAAGAACCUGAUUCUCAGUUUGAUUGGCGCUGGAGUUUGGUGGAGGGAAAGAUCUCUAUAACAGUAUUUUCUGCUGAUUUAAUGGUUUUACUGUGGAAUUUAGUUUUUGGAUUGUAAUCUUGGAAUGAGUCCUGCUUUGCUUCCCAAACAUGUAGCUGCCGUAGUGAAAUAUCAGAAGGAUCCUAUCCGGGCCCUAGAAAUGUUUAAUUCAGCUGCCAAGGAAGAUGGGUUUAAGCAUACCUUUUUCACCUACAAAUGCAUGAUUGAAAAGCUUGGUUUUCAUGGAGAAUUUGAAGCAAUGGAGGGUGUUCUAGCGGAUAUGAGGUUGAAUAUUCACAGCAGCCUAGUUGAAGGAGUAUACAUUGGAGCCAUGAGAAACUAUGGAAGGAGUGGAAAGAUCCAAGAGGCUGUUGACACAUUUGAGAGGAUGGAUUUCUUUAAUUGUGAAUCAUCUGUUAAAUCAUACAAUGUGAUCAUGAACAUCUUGGUUGAAAACAACUAUUUUGAUCAAGCUCACAAAGUUUAUCUGAGAAUGUUGGACAAAAAGAUUUUUCCUGAUGUGUACACCUUCACGAUUAGGAUGAAAUCCUUUUGUAGAACAAGCAGGCCUCAUGCUGCUCUGAAGCUUCUUAAAAAUAUGCCUUCCCAAGGGUGUGAGCCUAAUGCAGUUGCAUACUGUACUGUUAUUGGUGGGUUUUAUGAAGAGGAUUACCGAAUUGAGGCCUGUGAGUUGUUUAAUGAAAUGUUUGUGAAUGGUCUUUGCCCUGACAUAUCAACAUUUAAUAAGCUUAUACACACACUUUGCAAGAAGGGGGAUACCCUAGAGAGUAGAAAGCUUCUCAACAAGAUCCUAAAGAGGGGGAUCUCCCCAAAUUUGUUUACGUUCAACAUAUUCAUUCGGGGCCUUUGUAGGGAGGACAAGCUGGAUGAAGCUACCUGUUUGCUUGACUAUAUAGUUAUGGUGGGGCUUUCCCCUGAUGUCAUUACAUAUAAUACACUAAUCUGUGGAUUGUGUAAGAGCUCUAAUGUUGUGGAGGCGGAGAGCUAUCUGCAUAAAAUGGUAAAUGAAGGGUAUUGCCCUGAUGAUUUCACUUAUAAUACCAUCAUCAAUGGACAUUGCAAAUUGGGUAUGGUAGAAAAUGCAUUUAAGAUUCUGAAAGAUGCUGUUUUCAAGGGGUUUGUUCCUGACCAGUUCACUUAUUGCUCCCUGAUUAAUGGGUUGUGUCAGGAAGGUGACAUAGAUAGGGCUAUGGAGGUGUUUAAUGAGGCACUGGCAAAAGGGCUGAAACCUAACAUUACAAUCUACAAUUCACUAGUCAAAGGAUUGUCUCAGCAGGGGCUUAUCUUGCAGGCAUUGCAGCUAAUGAAUGAGAUGUUAGAAGAUGGUUGCAGCCCAGAUAUUUGGACUUACAAUAUUGUAAUAAAUGGGUUAUGCAAGAUGGGUUAUGUAUCUGAUGCUCAUAAUCUCAUGAAUGAUGCAAUAGCAAAAGGGUACCUUCCUGAUGUAUUUACCUUUAAUACUCUGAUUGAUGGCUACUGUAAGCAGUUCAGGCUGCAUAAUGCGUUGGAGAUUGUUGAUAGGAUGUGGACCCAUGGAGUUACUCCUGAUGUAAUCACUUAUAAUUCUGUGUUGAAUGGUCUCUGUAAGGCUGGGAAGGCUGAAGCUGUCAUGGAAACAUUCAAAGAAAUGGUUGGGAAGGAUUGUGUUCCUAAUGUCAUCACAUAUAACAUACUUCUAGAGAGCCUGUGCAAAGUGAAAAAGGUAAAAGAGGCUUUAGAGUUGUUUGUGAAGAUGGAAAAUGAGGGACUAUCUCUAGAUGCUGUAAGUUUUGGCACAUUGAUUCAUGGAUUUUGUGAGAAUGGUGAUCUUGAGGGAGCAUACGAGCUCUUUAGAAGAAUGGACCAGCAAGUUCACUUUCGCCCCGUGACUGCAACAUAUAAUGUCAUGAUAAAUAAAUUUUGUGAGAAACUUAACAUAAGCAUGGCUGAAAAGCUUUUCUGUGAAAUGGGGGACAGAGGCUGCUCACCAGAUGCUUUCACGUUUCGUGUCCUGAUUGAUGGCUUCUGCAAAGCAGGGAAUGUUGAUUCAGGGUAUAUGUUUCUGUUGGAUAUGAUUGGUAGAGGAUUUAUUCCUUCUUUGACAACAUUUGGACGGGUAAUGAACUGCCUUUGUGUGAACCAUAGAGUUGAUGAGGCAGUUGGUAUCGUUCACCUUAUGGUGGGCAAGGGUAUCAUCCCUGAGAUUGUGGACACAAUCUUUGAGUCUAGUAAAAAGUUGGUGGCUGCACCUAAGAUCCUUGUGGAAGACUUGUUGAAGAAAGGUCAUAUAACUUAUUAUGCAUAUGAACUUCUGUAUGAUGGUAUUAGAGAUAAGAAACUACUAAAGAAAAGGCAACAAAGAAAGCGAUCUCAAAAUUCUCACAUCUAAAGUUUUUAUUUUUGUUUUUGAUCAUUGGAUUUCAAUGCUAUAAUGGUUCACCUUGAUCUUCCAAAACUCGAGGGUGGUAGGAGUACCAUAUACACAGUCGACAAAUACUGGGAGUGGAAGUAUUCUUAAAAGAAGUCUGUGCAGAACCAUUGUUCAAACAGAGUGCAUAGAAGAGUUUAAAUCACCAAAUUACUGGCUGCUGCUCGAGUGAAAUCCUUUAAAUGAAAUGGUCAACUGAAAAGAAGAUGAUGUUGCAAUUGUUAGCUGUAAUAAAACGCUUGAAGAUUGAAAGGGGCAAAGGUGAGAAAUGUUGGAGCUUGUCCAGGAGUCACAUACAUGAAGUAAUUGAACAGGUAACGAUUGUGGAAGUGCCCUCUUUUUUUUCUGUGGGUGACCUCAUUGGCAGAUCCUGUUUUAGCAAACAUCUGAGAGUGGAAAUUUAGAUGCGACAUUUGAUGUUAUUCUCCAGAAAGGGUAUGGAAGUUGGAUCUAUACCCUACUAUCGCCUUUUGCUGGAUGACAGUCUUGGAGAAAGUCCUGCAAGUCAUUUAUAUGUAUGUUAACUUGUAUACUGAAUGAAUUUAGGGGUUUGACGAACUAACAUACCCCAAUAUGUAGAUUGUUUUUGUACACUCAGCUAAUUAUUUUUCCCUCUUUGGUGCAUAA